CACACUCCAGGUUAACACGGUAGACACCCGCACCGGGACUGAUCGACCUCGAGAGCACAUAGGCUUCAUCUGCGGCCCAAGAGAAUGUGUGGAAAGACUUUUCAAAGUGAUCGAGGGCAUUAAGACUCUGAGGGAACGGAUUCCGGACAUCGAGGCGCUCAGAAACUCGGAAAAUCGAGUACUCAUAUCGCCGAAGUACCUCAAACAGCUACACUCGGUCUUCCCGGGCAUGUCCAACCACACCACAGAGAAUGCCACAAGAAGCAUCAACCAGCCAGUCAUCAGAGCCAUCAUCCCAACCGGGAACAAGGAUAAGGUCGCCAUAAUCAAGAAAUACUUCGAGCAGCGUGUCUCCGAACAGACUAAGGUCAAAUACGCUAUUGUCCCUGUGGAGUCCGACGUCGGCGAGCAGCCGUACAACGCGGCAGGUGGCCAGGGCGCGUACAACCGGAUCCACAACGCUGUCACCAACGUCGAGGCCGACACGGAGGCGCAUGAAGGGUUUGUAGUGGCCAUCGAGAACUUCAUCCAGGUAGAGGACAUUGAUCGGCCAACGGACUUCGGCGUCGUCCUGAUACACAACGUGACUCACAACACUUACGCCGUCAACCUCUCCGAGGGGGUCACGAUCGAUAAGGCCGUUGUGGAGGCCGCCAAAAG